AUGCCUCUGAGCGUCCAAUGGCCUUACCGGGAAUCCCGGGACGGCCUCUGGAGCCCUCAAACCUCGACCUUGAACUGGUGCGAAGAAGACUGUACGUAUGAGCAGACUGCUGCUACGUCUCCUAACAACAUCACGCCAUACUGCGCUGAAUUCGUCAACACCGUGACCAAUGUGAUCUUUAUACAUCUUGGCAUCAUGGGCAUCCGCGACUGCUUGCGCUACGGCCAUGACCGCGUCUUCAUCAUCUCCUAUCUGGGGUACAUCAUCGUUGGUCUUGGUUCGAUGCUGUUCCACGCCACACUCAAAUACUCGAUGCAGCUCGCAGACGAGCUGCCCAUGAUCUACACCACUUGCAUCAUGGCUUUCGCGACAUUCUCAUAUUCACGGCCCAGGCGCCUGAGUGUGCUGAUCGGGGUCGGGCUGGCAGCCCUCGCGGCUUUCAUUACUGUCUACUACCACCUGUCGCAGAACCCGGUGUUCCACCAGGUGGCUUACGCCUCGCUGACAUGCGCCGUCGUCUUCCGCGGCAUGUAUGUCAUGGAAGCAUACCUCCGUCCAGCACUGAAGCAACGAAGCGAGAGCCCCGCGCACGCCGAGCAGAUCAUGAAGCAGAUGUGGUCCAUGGCCGCCACAGGCAUCGCGCUGUUCCUGAUCGGCUUCUUCAUCUGGAACAUGGACAACAUCUACUGUGGGCACCUCCGGAGCCUCCGGAGCUCCGUCCUGCUGCCGUGGUCCGUCAUCUUCGAGGGCCAUGGCUGGUGGCACAUCUUCACCGGGCUCGGGGCCUACUACUUCAUCAUCUGGAGAGUAUGGCUGACCCGGUGUCUCGACGGUAGCGAGCGCGAGUUCAUGCUACACUGGCCAUCCCCUUUCACAUCCGUGCCGAAGGUUGUCCCCCGGUCCGGUUCUACCAAGGCCAACGGCGUCAAUGGGUCGAGUAAAAAGGCGUUGUAG